AUGGCAGAUGUCACUAUGAUGGACUGGCAGGCGACGCCGCCAGCCGCUGAAAUCAAUGCUACAUACAAUCCAGCCAUGCUUGAGCGAAGACGCCCACGCGAUGAAUUCGAGAUACCAAACAUGCCAGGAGGCUGGGUCGAUUACUACACUGAAAGACAAUUCAAUGUUAAGGAUGUUGUUCACUUCCAACACCUUACAGGACCUUCUAUCACCACAUGCGCCAUACAAGCUGUUGGUCGCGCAAAGCGUCGUUGCAUCGAGGCCGCUGCCUCCGUUCUUCGAGCUCCUAGCUAUCUAUUCACAUCGGCACAAAAUAACUUCACCUCUACCGUGCAGGCUACACACGAUCUUGCGCAUCAAGCAACCUAUCAGAUUGCGCGUCGAGUUCGUCGAACUCAGGCAGUAAGACGCCGCAGACCCGUACCAGCUCGACAAUCGCCUCGACAAUCACCUCAACAGGUUGCUCAGCCAUCAGUUCAACGAUCUCCUGAUCAAUUGCCUCAACAAGCAGUUGGGCGAGCACUUCAACAUGUUUCUCAACAAUCAACUCCCCAAGCACCUAUUGCUGUCAGCGGACCACGCGAUAUGUCAACCUCAUUACCUGCUCCGAUUUCCUGGCUUAGUUCAACUCACGAAUGGGACUACCUCCACCGCUUCGAACCACCAAAACCGGUAAACCCACCUCAUACGUUCAACUCACCUCUUCCUGUCGCUGCACAUCAGCCUAUGCCAGAGCUAGAAGAAGUGCUCUCGUCCUUGGGUACAGCAUCAACCCCCAGCCAGGAACCCGAACUUCCUCCUGUUCCUCAACCCAACGUGAUACCUUAUCCUUCACACAUGGAAGGCAAUGACUCUGAUCUUUCCUCUAACGUCCCCUACACUUUGCAAGAUUUGGAUGAAUCUGUCUCGUCCUCGAGUGAAGCACCAAGCACACCUACUGGACCUAACCUUCCUACUACCCCACUACGCAACAUAAAACUUUACCCUUCCCACAUGGAAGGCAAAGAUUCAGAUUUCUCCUCUACUGUUCCCGACACUCUCCGCAAUAUGGUCGAGCCCUCGUCUUUCCCUCCUGGCUCACCAAAGUAUACAGACGUCUCAUUGUAUCAGCAGACGAAGCCGCAAGACUUUAGACAGUCCUCGUCUCUUUUGCGUAACGCUUUGGAGCGUGGCUCACCUAUUCCUGUGCAUGUUCGCGGCACAGAUGUUCAAACCGCCCUUGAUGAGACAGAGUUCUCAUCCUUCGUUCCUUUCUCACCAGACUUUACGGACGUCUCUUCCCAGGCCCCCACCGCGCAAGACGAGACAGAGUUUUCGUCUUUUGUCCCUUUCUCACUAGAGAGUACUGAUGAUGCUCCUGCAUCACCUUCGGACGCUCCCCAGGACAAUUCCGAAGACAAUCAACUUGCCGAAUCUUAUCAUGAUGGUUUCUCCUCCUUCAUUCCCGUCUUCACAGAAAGUCUGGAAGGCGUUGUGCACGGCCCCACCUAUUUUCCAGACGCUUUCCGGGGCGUUAACGCUGUCGAUGCCCAUCGUAUCGCCGCAGAGAUAUCUUCCGAUCUUCGUGUCAACGCUCAUCGUACUACCGAAGAAAUCUCCUCAAAUACUCCUAUCCACACGCACCUUGCCACCCAAGAUACCUCUAAGUUUCCUAUCGACUCUGAUGAUGUCGAAAAUAUCUCCUCUGGCCUUCCUCCCGGACCUUAUGGUGCUGUCGAAAACGUUUCUCUUGACCCUUCUCUCGACGCUCGUCUUGCUGCAGCAAAAAUUUCAUCUAACCUUGUUGUCGAGUCUGAUGAUGCUGUCGCAGAUAGUCCCUCUGAGCAUCCUGUCGUCUCUGAGGAUGAUGUCCACGAUUUCUCUUCUUAUGUUGUAGUAGAUUUCCCCUCGGAAAAGAUACCGCCACAGUGGUACGAAGAGGCAGCUCCAUCUCCGUUCAGCAAAUACAGAGGUGUUGUCUCCCGCCGCAUGACUCGGCAGGCUGUUAAAGACGAAGCAGAAGCUCAAAAACGCAAAGAGGAAGAGAGACAACGCAAUCUGGAAAAGGCGAAAAUAUCUAGUCUUUCUGAAGAAUGGGAGGACAAAGUUCGCAAAGCUGUCAGAGCUGGAUUUGCACCAGACUACACCGCCGCUGACUUUGCUCGUGUUGUCCCUCCCCAACAAGGUCGUUUCACGGACAGUUGGCUCAAUGAUGAGUCUGUCAACGGCUACCUGAAACUUGCUACCAAAUUUCAUAACACUAAGCAUCCGUCCGCUAUUCCGAAAAGCCAUGCUUUUCCUUCAUUCAUGCUCAAACAAGUUGCCGAAAAAGGCUAUCGAGGUGUCGAACGCUGGGCCAGACGAGCCAAGAUCGGCGGUGCCGACUUACUUCAAACACAUACUAUCUUCAUUCCUGUCAACAAUGGAAGCCACUGGACACUGAUGGUGGUCUAUCCUGGUGCAAGAACUGCACAUUACUAUGAUUCCAUGGAUCGAACCCGCAGCAACAAUGGGCGACAAUGGUUCGACCUGCUGAAGAUAUGGCUCCGAGGAGAGCUUGGAACUCACUACAACGAGCGCGAGUGGUCCUUUUUCGACAAGCAAUCGCCACAGCAGAACAAUUCAUCGGACUGUGGUGUUUUCGCCAUUACUACAGCAAAAAUGCUCAUUUUGGGAGCAGACGUCCUGGGCUACGGCCCGAAUGAUAUUCCGCUGCAGCGAAAGCGGAUAGUCGCCGAAUUGGUCAACGGCGACUUCCUCUAA